CUAACUAUACGGACUCAACCCGAUCUAAAAUCCAGAUCCUUUAUGAGCAAAAGUGGCCCAAAGGGAGGAGGAGGCGGAGGAUGAAUUCAUCGUCAUCGAGCGAACCGAGGCACGAUGAUGAGGCAGCACUCACCGAGUUCCUCUCUUCUCUAAUGGACUACACUCCGACCAUUCCGGAUGAAUUAGUGGAGCAUUACUUGGCGAAGAGCGGAUUCCAGUGCCCCGAUCUAAGAUUAACAAGGCUCGUAGCUGUAGCUGCUCAGAAGUUCAUUUCAGAAGUUGCAAGUGAUGCUCUCCAGCAUUGCAAGGCAAGGACCGCUGCACCAGUCAAGGAUAAGAGCAAGCAGCCAAAGGAGAAGCGUCUUGUUUUGACAAUGGAUGAUCUUUCUAAGGCUCUACGUGAGUACGGAGUGAACUUAAAGCAUCCUGAGUAUUUCGCUGAUAGCCCGUUGACUGGAAUGGAUCCUUCCACGAGAGAGGAGUGAUCAGAUUCAAUGUCCCGAUCGGUUGGCAUCAUCUCGAGAAGCUGAGGAUCUUUCUCUUGGAUAAGGCUUUGUUAUAUCCUGUACUCAUGGGCAUAUAUCCAUCUGUUAUGUCUGAGUAUAUCAUAGUCAUUCGGAAUCAAUCUAUUCAAUUUACCAUGGUAGGCUAAGAUGUCACUGAAUAUACGCUCUUGUUGUUUAUCGAGGAACAUAUUAGUAUUUCUUCAGGGACUCUACCCUUCAGCUGUAAAUAACUUGCAAUAGCCUCUUGUUUGUUGCUUGGCGCUAUUUCUGUUGUCUACAAUGUUUGUCCUACUUCAUGUUC